AUGGCCACGGCUCUGGAAGCUGCGCAGCUCAGUCGCUGGCUGAAGCUGAAUCUCAACCCUGCCGAUGUACUGAAGGUGCAGAAGCUCGACAAGGCGAGUGACGCGUUAUUUGACAGUCCUCAAUUCAAAAUGUGGUCCAGAUACCUGGUGUCUUACAACAACAAGAACCCCACGAAGGAGGUGACGGUGGCCGGGGCCUUCACCAAGAGCUAUGGAGAAGAAGGCGUUCUCAAGCUCGUGACGUCACUAGACGACGGUCCUGGGGCUGCGAAGUUCAGGGACGAGAUGGUCAAGGGUUGGCUGGCCAAUCCCGAUCACCCGGCAAACAGGUUCAAGAUCAUGAAGCUUGACGAAGCAGGGGACGAUCUCCUCAGCAGCCCACUGCUGGACAUGUGGGUCAAGUACAUGAAGGCGUACAAUAAGGAGUAUCCGUUCGCGAAGACGACGAUGAUCCAGACGUUCACCAAGAGUUACGGUGAUGACAAGCUGGCGACGAUGAUUGAAGCGGCGACGAAAGUGCCGAAGACGGAGCAAUUCGCGAAGAACCUGCAGACUGCCCAGUUCAAGCAGUGGAUGGUGGAAAAGAAGACCCCGGACGUCGUCUACAAGAGCGUCCUAAAGCUGGACUCGGACAGCAGCCCGAACGCUGUCAUCUGGCGCAAGUACAAAAGUGCCUACAACAAUGAGCACUCGUUCUCGUUCAAGCCAUAA